AUGGCCAAUUACACAUCGAACACAGUAUGCUUCCAUUUGCAGACUGUUCCCUUCGUCUAUAAUCAAGCUGUUGUAUCCAUUGCAGCACUCUCUGCCAGCUUACACAUACUCGGAGCAAUAUUUGCAACAGUCGGAAACCUGCUGGUACUUCAAGCAUUCGUUAGAAAAUCAAUCAACCAAUCGGCUUCGAAUUAUCUGCUUGCAGGAUUAUGCCUUAGUGACUGUCUCGUUGGGGCAACGACCCAGACAAGCGCAGUUGUUCUUAGAAUAAGCGAAGCAAUGGGAAAACAUUUAUGCACGCUAAAGACAGUUUAUGGAUACCUCUCGUUCUUAUUUGGAAUGACGACAAUAGGCAUGAUAGGGCUGAUCAGCAUCGAUAGGUGGUUGGGUACCCAAUAUCCCAUCAGGUACAAGGCAGCUGAUAGAAAAACAAGGACUUGGGUCACUAUAUCUGCAGCACUUUACCUUGUCUCUUUUGCUAUAGUGACGUUAGCAUACUCUGGUGUGCUGCCUACGGAUGGCUUCUACAAAUUUACCAUCGUCUAUUAUGUUAUUGUAUUGGGGAUGGUAAUUAUCUUUUACAUUAAGAUCGGACGAGUUCUUAUGAGAAGAAACCAGGUAGUUUCAACUAUGAGUGUUGGGAUGAAGAAAGAAGUAAAACGUAACAAAACAAUAAUGAUAAUAAUAACUGCAUUUAUCAUAUUUUAUAUUCCCAAAAUCACUCAUAAAUGUAUAUCCUAUUUUGGCGUAAAGGACAGUACCUUCCUUUAUGCUGCAAGAAUACCAGAGACAUUGAUCCAGCUGAACAGUUCCUUCAACCCAUUUAUUUACAUCCUUAGAAGUGCCGAUGUUCGCAAGUCGAUCAUGGACAACCUGAAAAUUUUUGAAAUUUGUGGUAAACGAAAACAACAGAGUGAUGCGUCAGGGCGAAGAGUAGUCGAUGGAAUUUAGUUGCCCUGAUAAUUGUUUAGUAAGGGUCGAUCAACGGAAAGGCUGCGUAUAUGCAUGGAACGCUCCUUCACUUUCAAUUCCGUUCAAAUUUCGACUUUUUAUUGAUUCACUGGGUGUUAUGUUCCAUUGGUAAGCAAAAUUGGAAUUGAUCUGAGCAACAUCAGAUAUAAAUUUUGCAGUGGAGCACAUUGACUAACGCUAACUACGAGGCUGCCUCGUUUGAAUAAAUAGGAUUUCGCUGUCAGUUGCCGCUCUAUAAUGCGAACUCAUCGUAAGAGUUGAAACAUCGAGCUCUGCUAACUUAUACAGAAAACCACGUGCUGCUGUUUGAGGGCAGCGACAACUAAAAUGUGCAUGGAACACUCAGAAGCCAAUGGAAAGGACAAGAUCCACUAAUGAGAUAAGGAACAAAAGCUAUUAUAAGGAGCAAAAGCCAUUAUAAGGUGCAAGAGCAACUAAAAAGGUGGUUUUCAAAUAGGCGAAUCUGUUCAUGCGGAGCGAAGCGAUUAGAGUUUACGCAUGCAUUCACAAGCAAAGCCUAUCGCUGAACUUAUCGAGCCACCAUAUGGAUCGCGGUAAAAUGCCGCAGCGAUGGAUUUCGCUCGUGAACUGUUUAACACGCAUGCGUUAACUAGAUCGCUUCGCAUCGCCAGAAAAUAUUCGCCUACUGGGAAAAGUUUAAUGAGUUACGACGAAGUGUCAGUUGUAUAUAUUUAUCAGUUUGAAAAUAACUGUGAUGUGAGUUGGGAAUUAUUGGAGUCAAGUUUGGAAUUUGGUUGUGUUCAUUGGUGUGUUACCUGCUUGUUUGCUUCAAACAAGAAUCAUAAAUACAAACUUGAUAUAAAAAUAACCCAAAUUCAAUUCAAAGCAUGCCAAUUUAUACAAAACUACACUAAUAUAUACAAAUAUGAACAUAUAUAUAAAUAAAAGAAUAUUCGAAUAUAUACGAAUAUAAAAUAUAUUACUCU